AUGACUAGGCCCGGUAUGUAUGAGUAUGUCACGGGAUUGACCGUCGCUUUGGACGAAGCUGCUUCCAAGCACGAAAGAAAGCUGAAAAAAUACGAGUUCCAGAUUGGUACAGCAGAUGAAUAUGUGCCUAGGAAUGGAUUCAUACUGAGAGAUGUCAGGGUUUCUUAUUACACCGAGGGAAAUGCAAUGACCUUUAAAGCCAAGGGCAACUACAAGGAAAUUCCACAGGUCACUUUUAAAACAGAGGUCAAGACAGAAGUUUAUUCAGGCGACGCCUAUGCCAUCGGUAAAAGUCCCUCGUUAAAAUUCCAUCAACUCAUGGAUUUUUUUGGGAUAUCGUCCAGUUCUGUUCCCGGGUUUUUCAAAAACAGCUUGAGGAAAGUCGGCCUCUGGGAAUUUACCAUGGCUCCAGUAGAAUUUGCUUUCAAGAUAGCCAAAGGUGGUACGUACCGUUUUACUGCGUCCAUUAGUGUAGGUGGAGUUCCUGUUCAUGUGGAAGCCCUUGGAUCAAUGUUGUAUAAUUCACCUACAUUUGCUGUUGGAUAUUCGUUUGAUAGUCAGUCUUUUGGAGCUGUUUGUGCGAAACUUUCGAGCAUAAAGAUCGAUUUUUUAAGUCUUCUUGGAAUCCAAUCUGAGGCCAACUGGAAUUACUCAAAGGCACACGUCUCUCUCGGUUUCACAGCCGAACUUAAAAUCCCAAUCAACGGAAAAAUAUACCGCGAUGGAAUCGUUGCGUCGACAAAUGAAUUAAUUUUGGGCGGAAACAUUGAAUAUGACUUUGUAAAAGAAGAGGUGACUGGGACACUGUAUUGUCGUGGAAUGUGGAGAAAAGCGUUCUUUAUUCCGUUUCUGUCCUUUGGAAAUAUCAUCUUUGGGCUGUCAUAUCUAGUGGCGCAGCAGAAAACCCCUAUUACGGGUGGAAAUUUUGGGAUGAGAGCAGAGCUUGGGUACGACUGCUUGCUUCCAGCAGACUACAAAGAGCAUGGCCACUGUUUUGGAGGAGCAGGUUACUUUGGUCUCGGCUUAAAGAAGUACUUUUACGCUGAUAUGGCUGCAGUGACAAUAGGGAAAGUUUUUCGGAUGACUUCAAGAAAGAUAAAGCUUCCGAGACCCAUCGAUAAUGCUGGUUUCCCGAAAGAGGCAAGGGUUGCCUUUGCUACAGAAGACAUAGAUCUGUACUUGGCAGGUGGUCCAUUAAUAUAUAGAGGGUUUGCAUUAAAGGGACAAGUCAGCAUCUUUGGAUGGAAUCUUUUUGUUGAAUUACAUUUAUCAGAAACCAUUAUUUACGUUCACAUUGAACCAGACCCAAUUAAAAUCGCUUCCAUUGCAAAACUCGUCCGUAAUCCCUCUCAGCCUAAUCUUGGCCCCACGUUCUUAAUCCAUGCUCGAAGUAAUCCUGUAUUUUGGGACGCUUACAUCGAGGGCUACAUAGAAAUCUUUUCCAUCAAUGCCUACACCCGCCUAAACCUGACUAUGUUCCAUAAAGAGUUUGUCGUGCGAGGAAACUUUUUGAACUUAAUUAAAGCAGAAGUCAUCGUCGCUGCAGAAUAUACACCAAAAUUCACAUUUGAUGGCUCCAAGUUUUACGUCAAAGUACAAGUUGAUCUUAAUGGACUUACUGCGGCUGUGGAUGCUGCAGUCAAAGCAGUUGACCGAUUCCUAAAGGCGGCUCAAAAGAAACUGAGCGAGGCACGUCGACGCGUGCGCGAAGAGAAAGCCGAAUGCAAGCGAAAGAUGUCAUUCAAGUGUGAUAAAUGUAGAAACUUGAAGUGUCAACAGGCAAAACGAAACUGUAAGGGGGCUCUGGACAAGGCCGGUAAAUGGAUCGGAGGAGCUGUCAAUGCUGCAGGUCAAUGGGUUUCUAAGGCUGUUAAAAAGGUUGGAAAGGCUCUUGCACCGGUUGGUAAAUUUGUUAAGAAGAUCUUCAAGGGCUGGAGACGAAAGAGAGAACUUCAAGACAAAAGACACGAAUUAUUUUCACUUCAUGUUAGGAAGAGACGGUUCAUCAGUAAACUGAUCUGCGAGGGCAUCGUUGGAGAUGGCUGUAAAGCUGUAUCAUACCUAUGUGAAGGUACAUGCAAAGCAGCUAAAUUCAUUAGUAAAGGUCUGUGUAAUGUCUUGGAUGUAGCCAUCGUUUUCCUCAAAGGAGUCGAACUUUCAUGCGGUUGGGCCAACAAAGCGAUGAACUUUGUCCACACUUACAUGUUCAAAGUACACAGCAUCAACUUCGAGUUUGCAUUGGACACUUACAUCUUAGGAUUGUUCAGGAACAUGGUUUUCGAUGCUGCGGUAGACCUGACCAUAUUUGGACAACGUCUGUACAUACCGCUCGCGUUUAGUUUGAAAAACCCGAUCGAAAGUCUGCGAGGCGGUUCAACGAAGGCUACGAACUGGUACAAGAAUAGAAUGAAUCCUAAAGGAAGAACAUUCACUUCGAAGCAAUACUACGAAAAACCGAAUCCUUUUGCUGACUUCGAGAUGUCUGAGCAAUUCUCCAUCGAGAACCAACAGGCAGCCACUGAUGAUCGAAAGGGCGGCUGUCUUUACGUGGAAAGCAAUGCUAAGAAUACUUUCGUUAAGGUUACUGGAUGCAACGAUACAGAUGAAAGACAAAUAUGGGCAUAUACGCUAAAAGGACAACUCAUGAACGUCUGGAGUCGUCAUUGUAUUGACACCAACGGAGCUUCAAUCGGGAACAAACUGAUCCAGACCACGUGCAAUCCAUCACGUGAUGAUCAGAACUUCCAAUGUGAUCUUGUGGUCAGAACAGUCAAAAGAAGACGAGUGAACGUCUGUUGGCAAGCAGGUGAUGUCAGCUUGAAUGGUCCCGGAUCUCUUGUCCAUUUGGGUUCUUUAAAAUGUAUUCACGUCGCUGGUGGUGGUAUUGGAGUCCCGGCUGAUGGAACGAAACUAGUUAUUUACGCUGGCUGUAACGAGAAGAGACUGGAAUUUGCUCUAGAAAACGGUUAUCUCAUACACAAAGGAAGCGGCAAGUGCGUUGCUCCGACUGGCAAGAUAGUCGAUGGCAUAACUCUGGGAUUGUUUUCUAACUGUGGUGGAAACAAGUUCAGUUUUACURAAGGAGGUUCACUCCAGCACGUUGGCAGCCGAAAGUGUGUGAACACCAGAUCUGCGUCAAUGAAACCUGGAAACAACGAAAACCUGGUAUUGAUCAGCACAUGCGAAAACAACGAUCAGUCACUUGAAAAACAACACUUGAUGUUUAACUUUAUCCCAACCGAUCCAUACGUAACUAUGAAACCAUGUACAGACUUCGGCAACCCAAGACUCAAUCAACGCUUUGAGGUAGAAAACGAACCCAUCGCUACUAUCUGCACAAAGUUUGCCAAAAAUUUGUCUCGCAAGAAGAGCACAGAACAAUCCAGUACCUCAAGCAAUGGCUUCAGCGAGCGAGCAGUGGAUGAAAAUUACAGUUCUGACUAUAGCAUGAAGUCAUGCACCCAUACAAAGGAUGAGAAUAAUCCUUGGUGGCGCGUUGACUUGGGGUCAGAGCACAUCAUUACCGAUAUUCUUAUCGUCAAUCGUCACAAUAAUUUCCAACGUCUUAAGAACUUUGACGUGAGAGUUGGCGUACAUAGAGACCAGAGUCGAAACCCAACUUGCAAUGACAGAAUAAGAACCGUUGGACAAGGACAAGCCUUGCGUGUUCAAUGUAAUCCACCGAUCCCUGGACGAUACGUUGCUGUACAGAUGUUUGGCAAGGGAAUACUUACCUUGUGUGAGGUUGCUGUAUACUCCAGAAUAGCUCCAUUAGCUGAUCUCUGCCAACUGGACAACGGAAACUGCCAACAUGUCUGUUAUAAUCUGUGUAAUAUGAAGGUCAAGUGUGGUUGCUAUCCUGGAUUCAAACUGGCUUAUGACGGCAAAACUUGCAUUGAUAUUGACGAGUGCCUCGUUAAUAAUGGCGGCUGUGACACUUACAGAAGUAGAUGCAUCAACACACCAGGAGGCCACAUCUGUAACUGUAAACCACAAUACCAACCAAAAGAGAACGCCAAGAAUCUUUGUGAAGACUUCAACGAAUGCAAGCUCAGCAAUGCAGGCUGUGAGCACAUCUGCCAGAAUACCGAUGGUAGUUACAACUGCGCAUGUCUGAAGGGAUACAAACUCAAUGAUAACAAGUACGGAUGCAAAGAUAUCGAUGAAUGCACCGAGACUCCAAACAAAGGAGGGUGCGCUCAAAAUUGUACGAACUAUCAAGGUGGCUACGCUUGUUCAUGUAACGACGGAUACAGACUGAUGCCCGAUGAUAAGGGAUGUGAAGAGAUCUACUGUCCUGAGCUGGAAGCGCCUUUCCGUGGUUCUAUUGUCCCUUCGACUUGUACCGACGACAGAUACAACAUUCGCCGCAAUACUAUGUGUACAUACCAGUGUGCAGCUGGAUAUAAACUGGCCAAUGGAGACAGGUCACUGACUUGUAAUAUCGAUGGUACAUGGUCUGGAAAGCAGCCUUACUGCAAACCCGAGGUUUGUCCUGUUCUACAAGAACUAACAAACGGAGGAGUAAUCCCCAAGUCUUGUUCCAUGAAGAAUGUGGACCACGGUAUGAGAUGUGUGUAUUAUUGCAAACCUGGUUACGAGUUACGUGGACCAAGAUACACCACUUGUAAUAAUACACAAUGGAGUGAACCAUCCCCGGUGUCCUGUGUCAGAGUAUAUCAAGAACCCUGGAUACGAUGUCCGACAGAUAUCGUAGUAAAUCUAACAGCAAACAGUAACAMAGCAGUUCUGGGCUUCAAAUGGCAAUUGCCGGUCACUAACAUGAAGACCGCUGAAGUAACACCAAGUAACUUGAACGAGAACUAUCCGUUCCCAGCUGGAAAGACACGUGUUAAGUGGACAGCAACCAAUCCUGAUGGUGUUUCGAAAAGCUGUUACUAUUACGUCAUUGUUGAGGAUAAGCAUGCACCCAAAGUCAAGUACUGUCCAAAACCAUUUACAGUCAAGUCCAACGACGAUCCCGUCACAGUCUCCUGGAAGGAACCCAUAUUCACGGACAAUGUCGGCGUUGUAUUUAGUAUGUCGAACAAGAAGCCUGGGCACCAAAUGCAGCGAGAUACAGCGAUAAAUAUCCGAUACACAGCCCAGGAUGCAGCUGGAAACAAAGCCUUAUGUGACUUCCAUAUUACAACUCAAAGUAUUACUUGUCCAGCACUUGAACAUCCAGCUAAUGGUAAUGCCAUAAAGACAGCAAUGCUAUUGUACCUUCGAUGUCAAACCGGCUACUAUUUCAACCCUAAGCUCGUCGGUGCCAGGUCUCUAACUAAUGCUGUCUACAGAUGUAUGAUGGGACAAUGGAAGAUCUACUACAAUGGAGGUUACCAGGUCUUGACUCAAAUACCAGCCUGCGCAGGACUAUCAUCUCCAGUCGACGGCAAAUGCAAGGCCGGUUCAACUAGCGAACUAUCUCUUUGCAUCAACUGCGCACCAGGAACGUUCCACAAUGARACAACAGAUUCAUGCCAGGAGUGUGGUAAGGGUACYUACAUGGAUAUAGAUGGUAUGACUGCUUGUCAGCCAUGUGACAAAGGAUACUCUACCAAGACUAGUAGGAGUGCAAAAGCAUCAGACUGUCUGCCUCUGUGUCGCCCUGGGUCGUUCUCUGAUAAUGGUCUACAAGAGUCUUUUGCGCCAUGUGACAAAUGUCCAAUAGGAACAUACCAGUUUGAAGAAGGACAGACCAGCUGUAUGCCAUGUCCAUAUGGCAGUACAACGAUGACUACAGGAAGCACUACAUUGGAUGACUGUGUUGUUCCAGCUAAUAUCUCCGAGACGUACCCUGCCAGGGAGUUGAUUGUGGAUCAAGGAAACGUGUUACUGCUGCAGUGUUUUAUCAGUGGAAGACCAACGCCAAACGUCACAUGGUCUAAAGUUGGAGCUUCUCAGCCCAGUCAGGACCGUGUGAUAUCAAAAUCCCUUUACGAUUUAAGCAUGGCAGUCAUCGGCCGUUAUUACGUCAUCUCCAACGCUCAAAUUUCCGACAGUGGAACGUACAAAUGUCGUGCGCAAAAUUCUUUAGCUACUGCACAACACCAAGUGCGUGUUGUUGUGCGGGCCCCUAAACCAACCCCCUCACAGUAAAUGGUGUUAUUUGGGAUGAUAUAAAAAUAUUUAUAGAGGUCGUAAUAAAAAGGGAUGUUCUUGGUCAAAUUCUGGUGAAAACUUUAAUUUAAUGCUGAAUCUAGGUUCUAUUACUCGUGUUUUUUUGUUUUUGCCAUGUCMGUGUUACAAAUUAUUUGGGAAAGCAAUAAAAC